UGCGCGCGUCCCACGGCCAGUGUCUGCAGGCGGCGUCCGUUUGCGGGAGGCAUGUCGCUUUAUAAGAAUGACGGAGGCAAACUAGUCGCCGCCUUCCUUCUCUCAGUAGGUAUUUGUUGCAGUGAGGUUGGAGAAAAAAGCACAGGUCCCACUCAUGUAAAUGCAGCAGAGGACCAUCAACACACCAUACAGACUUCUGGUGGACUGGAGAAGGUGGUGAUCUUAAUCCAGAGCCAACGUAACUCUUUCCAUGCCCGUCGAGCUGAACUGAGGAAGGAGGAGAUUCUACAGGAGGCAUCUGAACUGGGACAGGGAAUUCCAGUUGUCCUCCUCCUCCAUGAAGUGUCAAAGCAUGAAGGGGAUUGGAGGAUUCUCCCCACUCUUCCUCAUCUCUUGACCACGUUUAGCCAGUUAGCGUCCUGGUUUCUCUUCUUGGAGGAGGGAACUAGAAUCACACUGACGGGGCUCCUGCAGGUCCUCAACAGAUACAAUACCCAAGAGGAAUGGUUUCUGGGCAAGCGUCUCCAUGAUGACGAGGCAUCUAUCAUCCACCACUAUGCCUUCUCUGAAGAUCCCACUUCCUUUGGAUACCCUGACCCUACAGCGGGGUGGGCACUUAGCAUACCUCUGCUCCACAGACUGGCUAAACGGAUCCAGCAAGAGCCAAUGAAAUCAGAUUUCACCAUUGACUUAAACCAUGAGAUUGCUCUGUUUAUUUGGGAGGAUGGAAAUGGUCCAAGGCUGACGGCUGUUCCAGAGUUCUGUACACAGCAUAGAGACUCCUGUGUGACCAGCUUCACUGCCUACCUGCCUAAUUGUGGGGAUCCAAUAAAGAAGGAAGAUGUUUUUGUUGCUGUGAAAACUUGCCAGAAGUUCCACUCUGACCGAGUGUCUGUGGUGAAGGCAACCUGGGAGAAAGAUGCUGUCUUUUUGGAGUACUGCAGUGAUGUCACUGAUCCCUCCAUACCCACAAUCCAUCUGGGGGUGCCCAACACCGAGAGAGGGCAUUGUGGAAAGACGUUUGCCAUCAUGAGGCGGUUCUUAAGUCAUGCCGUUCCAGAGGCAAACUGGCUGCUCAUCGUUGAUGAUGAUACACUUAUCAGUUUGCCCAGGUUAAGGAGACUGCUGCGCUGCUACGACCCCAGGGACCCAGUGAGCCUGGGGGAGAGGUACGGAUACGGUUCCACACACCAGGGAUACAGCUACACCACAGGAGGAGGAGGGAUAGUGCUGAGUAGAGUGGCAGUGUCCAGGCUGAUCUCCAGUGGUUGCAGCUGCUACAGCGAUGACGCUCCUGAUGACAUGACGCUGGGAAUUUGCCUCACUUCCUUGGGCAUCCCCAUCACACACAGUCCACUGUUUCACCAGGCACGUCCAGAAGACUACCCUAAGUCCUUGCUGUCCACACAGCGCCCCAUCUCCUUCCACAAGCACUGGAACAUAGACCCCGUGGCCAUCUACAGACUCUGGCUGCAGGAUGCCCCUUCCAGAGAUGAACUCUAG